CUAACAAAAUGCACGCAAGCCUCUCCAUAAGGCGCCAUAACUGCAGUGCGUUGCACACAUCGAAGUGGCGUGCGUAGGCGCACAGUGGUGUACUUUAUUUUGUGAAUUUUGAGAAAAUAAAAAAAUAUUUUAAGUAAAAGUUAUUACAGCAUAAAGGAAGAGAAGGAGAAUAUUAACAGGGGUUUUAAAUCUGAAAUAGUGAAUUUGAAAAUGACUUCAAUUGGACUGAAAAACCCCGAGUGGGAUUUGAGCAAGAGCAAAUUCGAUGAAGUAGACGACCUACCUCUCAUGAGGUCUCCAGGCCCAGUUCUGAUGAUCCUGGCCGCAUACCUGAUUUUCGUGCUGAAGGUGGGACCAGCCUUCAUGAGGAAGAGAGAGGCGUACAAACUGAAGACGGCUUUAGUGUGGUACAACGGUGUGCAAGUCGUAUUAUCGGUGUUUUUGGUGAUAAAGUACGCAUACCUAAUAUACAGGAUGGGACUGUUUCCAACAGCAUGUUACAUAGAACGAGACGAUAUGCGCAAUGAGGUUCUCGUGGGCAUUUGGUGGUACUUCGGCGCAAAACUGACAGAACUCCUUGACACAGUCUUCUUUGUGUUUCGUAAAAAGUACAGCCAGAUCACCUUCCUGCAUCUAUACCACCACACCAUUAUGGCUAUUGGUACUUGGAGUACGCUGAAGUACUUUCCCUCUCACCUCCUGUUCUUCGUGGGCUGUCUGAACUCUUUCGUCCAUGUACUCAUGUACACGUAUUACGGCCUCGCCGCGUUCGGGGACAGAUUCGCCAAGUACUUAUCGUGGAAGAAGUACAUGACUAAAAUUCAAUUGAUACAAUUCGUAAUGAUCGUUUUCCAGUACGUUUACACGGUCAGAUCAUCAGAGUGUCCGCCAUCAAGAGGCAUAGCCCUGUUCAUCACCGCCAAUACAAUUUUCAUCUUGUUCCUUUUCUUGAACUUCUACAGGCAAAGCUACACCAAAACUGCAAAGAAAACCACUCCUGGCUUAAAAAGUGACGCUAAUGGUGUUCACCGAUUGACAGAGAAUGCGAAAAAGGCAGAAUAAGUCUCAUAUAACAGAGCAUGUAUAAUUUAAAGACUGUUUGUAAUCCUUUUUAGGAUAUGAGGAAAGGGUGAUAAUGUGGUUUAGGAGAUAUCUAACAUAAUAGGGAACGUGAACAACGAAGUUGACAUGGACAUUUAUUAACAAGUAAAAAGAAUUAGGCUUUAGGAAUUAGGAAAUUCUAUCAAACUCCAUACAAAAACACGGGUUAUUGUCAAAGUUACGGUCAGAGUAAGUUAGUGCAACUCAUCAUCAUCAUCAUCUCAGCCAUAGGACGUCCACAGGCUCCAUCAAUGCUUUCCAAGUUACCCGGUUGGUAGCGGCCUGCGUCUAGCGCCUUCCUGCUACUUUUACGUUGUCAUCGGUUCAUCUUGUGGGUGGACGUCGGACGGUGCAACUCAGCCUUAAUUUUAUUAGUGAAAAAAAUAAUAUUCUAGCUAAUCAGAAUUCUUUCUUGUAGCUGUGGAAAUAUCCUUGUGAUUCUAGCUGUUUCAUCAAAUAGUCAUAGUGUCUCUUUUGUCGGUUAGUGCCAGCCACCUGUAGUUCCUGCACGUUCCAUAUAGCAUAAAAUUGUUGGUAUGUAUUUUAAUAUGUUGAGACAAAGAAACCGCAUGGACAUUACAGAAAAUAAAAAGCUUUCGUAUCAGGUUUUUUAAGGGUGCUAGACUAACCAAGCAAAUAUCAAAUCCAAAACAGAGAAAAAUAAAUAAGCGAUUGAUUCAGGGGAAAAUGCAUGAAUAUGAAAACUAAUUUAUGAGUAGAAUUUGUUCCUGAAAGUCCUGGUUUUUAAGUUUAUAAAGCAAUUUUUAUAAAAAUACAACGAUUGUCACAUUGUCUAUUUUUUAUGUUGUUUUGACAUCUUUUCAUCUUGUUACUCUGCGACCACAAAAUGCAUCAAAGUAAACUGUAUAAAAUUUUGUAGCCGUAUACUGAAUCCGAUGGUAUUUUGUUCCAGCUACAAUCAUUAAUAUAUUAUUAUGUUUUAACUUGUUGAAACUGUGUCACCAGAGGCACUGAAUUAUGUCGCCACAGCCUUAUUUAUAGUUUACAAGUUGAAAAUAAAAAGUUAAGAAGUA